CCAUGAUGACUCACAUUUACAAAACUGCAAUGAUUUCCUUUGUCCUAAAGGUUUUAUGAAAUGUCCAAACUCUUACUGUAUUUACAUCUCCUAUAUCGGCGAUAGCUUUAGAGAUUGUCCGUUUGGUGAAGAUGAAUUUCAGUCAAAUAAUAUUGUAGGGAUCGCUACAGUCUCGUAUACGCUACAAGAGACAUGUAUUGAUCAAUUGGCCUAUUUCGUAGUUUCCAAAUCCGCGUAUGAUUCGAACAAUACAUUUCUAUGUGAUCAACCAUGUCCGAAAAAUUAUAUUUGUAUUUCUAACAGAAUCAAACAUAGAAACAAAACUGAGGACACUAAGUACAUUUUAACGUCGGAACAAAGUAUAUAUAAUUAUUCUAAUUUAAUUUUUCCAUGGAAUGUAUAUUUCACGAUGAGCCCAAUACUUCAAAUCGUUUAUUUUACUGGAUCCUAUUGCAAAAUACAAAACUUUGACUACUCAUUUCACUAUUGGAAAUUUUCGGAACUUAUUGUAUUAGAUCUAAGCUAUACUGAGUUAAUUAACAGUAAAGAUAUGAGCUUAGUAAAAACAUUUAGCAAAUUAAAAGUCUUGAACAUUUCUCACAACCAGAACUUGACAAUAGAUCAAAAUUUUAUUUUCCCGACAUCUUUAAAGAUUAUUGAUUUAUCCUAUACAAAAACUUCAUCAUUAAAAUUAAAUGUCUUUGAAAAUGUAACAUUUCUAAAACAUUUAAAUCUAAGCAAUUCUUUAGUUUCUACAUUUCAAGAUAUGGGAAUACCGGAAUACUUUACACUAGACAGUUUAAACUUAGAAAAUGUUGAGAUGACAAAUAUUAAAGAAAAUUUUUUCCGGGGUCUUACUAUAAAUUCAGAGUUACGAGCUAGUAAUUAUAAACUUUGUUGUCCACAAAUGUUAAAUCCAAAUAUUUCAGUAGACAAAUGUCAUGCACCUGUAGAUGUCAUCUCUUCAUGUAAACAUCUUGUUGGUGACAUUCUAAAGAGAAUUACCAUCUGGACCGUAGGACUUAUAACCUUAGUUGGAAAUGGCAUUGUGUUGGUUUAUAGAAUUGGUUGGAACAGAGAGAUAUUUAAAAAAGCUUAUGGACUGUUUGUAUCUGGUCUGGCUGUUUCAGAUUUUAUUAUGGGCGUGUAUUUACUGUUAAUAGCUGUAGUAGAUAUUCAGUAUAAAAAUAUUUAUGUGUUAGAAGAUGUUAAAUGGAGACAUAGUGUUUUGUGUCAAUUUGCAGGAUUUCUGUCAACAAUUUCAAGUGAAACUUCCACAUUUUUUAUUUGUUUGAUAACAACAGAUCGAUUUUUGAAAAUUACUUUUCCUUUUGGUCAACACAAAUUUACAAAAGUAGGAAAAAUAUAUUCUUUAACAUUAGUUUGGUUAAUCGGCUUUUUGUUGGCUAUAAUUCCUAUUAUAUUUACUAAGUGGAAUAUUUACUCUUCUAAUGGUUUGUGUUUGGCUCUGCCUCUAGGAUCUCCAGAAAAUAAUGGCUGGAUUUUUUCUUUCAUUGUUUUUGUUGUUUUAAAUUUCAUUUUGUUUCUUUUUAUAGCUAUUGGUCAAAUAUUAAUUUUUGUAAACAUUGUCAAUGUAAGGAAAAGUAUGCAGAACAUGAGAAAUGAUGCCAGAAGGCGGCAAGAAGAUUUGAAUAUAGCUAGAAAACUUGCAUUUGUUGCCCUGACAGAUUUCAUGUGCUGGUUUCCUGUUGGAAUACUUGGAUUUCUUUCAUUAAAAGGUCACAUCUUUGACCGUGAGGUUUACGCCUGGAUCGCUGUUUUUGUAAUACCUGUCAAUUCUGCACUCAAUCCUAUUAUUUACACUAUUCCAGCCAUUUUUCAUAGAAAUAUCGAAUGCAAAAUAUAGCUUUUAAAGCUUUGAAAUAUUUUGAAAA